UCGAUCGGACUGUAUUUCCUCUCUUCAACCGGGGUUUGUCUGUCAUUUCUACUGUUUUUUUUCUGUAUUUUCUGGUGAACGCAACACGUUUCAGUCAUGACUGGCAGGAAAUUUUUCGUCGGAGGCAACUGGAAAAUGAACGGAGACAAAAAGAGCAUAGAAGAGCUCGCCAAUACACUGAAUAACGCAAAACUCAACGCAGACACCGAUGUUGUGUGUGGUGCUCCAUCCAUCUACCUGGACUACGCCAGGUCCAAGCUGAAUCCUAACAUUGAUGUGGCUGCACAGAACUGCUACAAGGUUGCAAAGGGAGCGUUUACUGGAGAGAUCAGCCCUGCGAUGAUUAAGGACUGUGGAGUUAAAUGGGUUAUUCUGGGACACUCUGAGAGACGCCAUGUUUUUGGAGAGAGUGAUGAGUUGAUUGGGCAGAAGGUCGCUCAUGCUCUUGAGAACGGUUUGGGUGUGAUCGCCUGCAUCGGUGAGAAGCUGGAUGAGAGGGAGGCCGGAAUCACAGAGAAAGUUGUUUUUGGCCAGACAAAGUUCAUCGCAGAUAACGUGAAGGACUGGAGCAAAGUGGUCCUUGCUUAUGAGCCUGUGUGGGCCAUUGGCACUGGCAAAACCGCAUCACCCCAGCAGGCUCAGGAGGUGCAUGACAAGCUCAGGCAGUGGAUGAAGGCCAAUGUCUCAGAAGCUGUUGCCAACUCGGUCAGGAUCAUUUAUGGAGGAUCCGUCACUGGAGGGACCUGCAAGGAGCUUGCUUCUCAGAAAGAUGUGGAUGGCUUCCUGGUCGGCGGCGCUUCCUUGAAAGCAGAGUUUAUUGACAUUAUUAAUGCAAAAGCAUAAGGAGAUAAAGCCACCAUCUACCUAAAGCCUAAGGCUUAGGUCUGUUCCCAAACACUGCUCUUCUUUAGAAAGUGUUAUUGUGGUUUUGUUGCUGUCGCUUCAUUUUUUUAAAUAUAUUACAAAGGGACAGAUUGCCACACACUGAACACUCAGCUGAGUGUGUUAUUAGCCCUCCAACUAGUUUAGUGAACUACAUGACUGUAAUGAGAACCAUCACGGGGCUUAGAGCCCACACCUUUACUUGAAUGAUAUUAACCAACAUUCUCAUGUAUACAGUGUCAAAAAUCUAGGAUGAAGUCAAUCAACCUCAGUGUCGUUUUAAUUCAAGCGAAAGUACUUUCCAUGAAUGUGGUUGUCCUGAUGUUUUCCUGUCCCUCAAAGAGUGUUUCUCUGAGUGACCUAUCCUGAAGGUGCUCACAUGAAACCAAUGUGUCUUUGUAUAAAGGAUAAGACAAAAAAUAUUCUAAUAAAUGUUUCAGAAUCAUAGACUUAAUUUUACUGUUGACCUGCCAACCUUUACACAUUUUGACUUCAAAGUAUGAUUUGUCACUCUAAACUAUAUCUAGUGACGACUGUCCACGUGUGGUACUCUAAAUAAGCGACAGAAAAAGAUGAAGAGGUCAACCAAUCAAAAUCAAAACAUUUUUCUGUAUUUAAAUAAUUUCUGCUUUUUAUUUCUCUCCUACUCACUGACAAAAAGGCUGCGUGUGAGGCUCACAGAGACACGCUGUUUAAUGUGUUUGAGAUCUGCUGUUUUCCUUAAUGCAUAAAUUACAAUUCACAUGUAAAUUAUCCAUCUGUAAAUGUUAAAAAAGCCAUGGUCAUAUUUGAAUUUUUCUUCCAGAAGUGCAUGAGUUUUGCUUUGCAAUUCUCCGCUAAACUCCACAGACUUCAGACCACGCUCAAUGAAAACAGGAGGCAAUAACUGACUAAAAUAUACAUUUUGCUGAAAUAUUUGUUGGUCAAUAAAUGUGACGUAGAAUUUUAAACCUA